UUCAUGCCAGAUUUGGAGCGCUCUUGCUUUCCAUACAGAAUGAACCCGUUGUUGGGCCAUGGCUUGUAUGCGCAUGCGCACUCGCACCACACCGCAGCCCUGCAUAGCCACCCAUGUUCACCCACUUCAGUUCUACAAGAGACUCUCUUUGCUGCUCACCACUCUUCCACCUUCCACCUCGGGGAACAGCCGGUGCCCGGACUAAUCCCAGACGUGGUGUCCCAGACCGGCCUGACCUACCUGCCCCUGGCUCCCUAUCUGCACCGCGUAGUGCCCUCUCCUCCUGCCACCAUGGCACUACGCAACGACCUGGGCUCCAACAUCAGCGUCCUGAAGACCCUGAACCUGCGCUUCCGCUGCUUUCUGGCCAAAGUGCAUGAGCUGGAGAGGCGAAACAAGACCCUGGAGAAGCAGCUGCAGCAGGUCUUGGAAAGCAACGCUAACGCUCCCAGAGAAAACCCAGAAGCCACCAUCACUUCUGCUAAAAGACCCACCACUCUGUUCACACAGCCCCUCAGACAGAAUCUGCUCAAUACCCAGACCCAGAGCUCGGGCUGUGACCCCAGCUCCAACCCUUCCAUCACCGUCACCUUGUGCACUCCCACCAACGCGGCCGCGGCCAACACCAACAACUCCAACAACACGCCCCACCUGAACGGUGCCGCCACCAGAGCCGGCCCCAACCCGCCCGUCCGAUGUCUGCCCGGCACCAUCUGGUCGUACAGUCCCAGCCGAAAGGGGCCCAUGGGCUCGGAACAGAAGGUGGUCACCAGUCCUGGGGUGUCAUGGGUGCACCCGGAUGGGGUGGGUGUGCAGAUUGACACCAUCACCCCGGAAAUAAGAGCCCUCUACAACGUGCUGGGCAAAGUCAGGAGGGAGAGAGACGAGUACAGGCGCAGAUGGGAGGAGGAGUACACCGUGAGACUGGAUCUCCAACAGAAGGUCGAAGAUCUACAGCAGGAUCUGCAUGACAGUGAGGAGUGUCAGGAUGAGCUGGCGCUCAGGGUGGAUCAGUUGAAGUCAGAACUCGUCCUGUUCAAGGGUUUGAUGAGCAACAACCUGAGCGAGCUGGACAGUAAGAUCCAGGAGAAAGCCAUGAAGGUGGACAUGGACAUCUGCAGACGCAUCGACAUCACGGCCCGUCUGUGUGACCUCGCCCAGCAGAGGAACUGUGAGGACACCAUCAAGAGCUUUCAGGUGCCCAGCCCUCAGUCCACCCUCACCCGUCGCCCACGGAAACCGACGCGCCAGCCGGAUAACUGCAGCGAGACGGACGAGGCCGCCAGCACGUCCGAGAGCGACGGAGGGAGGGAGGAGAACGUGGGCACCUCGUCCACGUCCAGUCAGAUCAACGAGGAGAUGCAGAGGAUGCUCUACCAGCUACGUGAGUGUGACUUCGAUGACGACUGCGACUCCCUGGCGUGGGAGGAGACGGAGGAGACCCUGCUGCUCUUGGAGGAUUUUCCAGGAUACGCUUUGACCACAGAUUCCAGCAACGGCGAGCAGGAGGAGUGUCUUGAGGAGGUGAUCAAAGACACAGAGUGCCUGUUUAUGUCCAGAGAGAAGGAGUAUCAGGAAACCAUCGACCAGAUCGAGCUGGAACUGGCCACUGCAAAGUCCGACAUGAACCGACACCUGCACGAGUACAUGGAGAUGUGCAGCAUGAAGAGAGGACUGGACGUUCAGAUGGAGACCUGCAGGAGACUCAUCACUCAGAGUGGAGAGAGUAACUCCCCGUCUCCCGGUCCUGGCGGAGGUGUAGAAGCUUGUGAUGAGACAGGACACGAGACGACCGGAGAGGGAACGAGAUAGUGACCAACAGCCCACAGGUUCAACACCCAUCUGUGCAACACCACCAUCAAUACUGACUGAUAACCAGUCAGGAACUCUCAGACCACUAAACCGUUCCCAGUGAAUCAGGAGUCAAAACAGUCACGAUCACUGAUUUAUUUACUGUGAGCAUGACUGCCCCCUGCUGACCAGCGCUGGUAUUGAUACCUAUGAUAAAUAUCUCUAUGUCCAUAAUAUACCUGGUAUUUUCAUGAUUUUGAUUUUAAAUUCUUGAUUUCAGGUUUA